UAAUGUGGACUGUUGCCUUCGGAUUGGUCUAUUUAUCACGUCAAUUCAAACGUGGGCCAAUCCCUAACAACACCAACUCCCAACAACAAGAACGCACGGCGGACCACCACGGAAAACUGUUACUGCCGGUUGCCGGGAUGGCGAAAUACAAACUCUUUCUGCUGAGGCACGGGGAGGGGGCGUGGAACAUAGAGAACCGCUUCUGCAGUUGGGUGGACCAGAAGUUGAGCGAGGCUGGCGUGAAGGAGGCCCAGGAAUGCGGUCGACUGCUGAAGAAGCGAGGGUAUGAAUUCGACCAGGUGUUCACCUCACUGCUGAGCCGCUCCGUCCACACCGCCUGGCUGGUCCUGGAGGCCAUGGGGCAGGAGUGGGUGCCCGUGGUCAAGUCCUGGCGGCUGAACGAGCGCCACUAUGGCGCCCUGAUCGGGCUGAACCGGGCGGAGAUGGCCCUCAACCACGGGGAAGCCCAGGUUAAAAUAUGGAGGAGGAGCUACGACGUCACGCCGCCUCCCAUCCCGGAAUCGCACCCUUACUUUUUUGAAAUCUACAACGACCGCAGGUACACCUCCUGCGAUGUGCCCAAAGAGAGCCUACCCCGGUCAGAGAGCCUGAAGGACGUCCUGGAUAGACUCUUGCCCUACUGGGAAAACGUGAUUGUGCCAGAAAUCAAGAAAGGCCAAACGGUACUGAUCUCGGGGCACGGAAACAGCUGCAGAGCCCUGCUGAAACACAUCGAAGGGAUCUCGGAUGAGGAUAUUGUCGGCGUUACUCUGCCCACCGGAAUUCCGAUACUCCUGGAGCUGGACGAGGACCUCCGCCCUGUGAGGCCGCGGCAGCUCCUGGGAGAUCAGGAGAAGAUCCAGGCCGCCAUCAAAAAGGUGGAGGACCAGGGGAAGGCCAAGCGAACAGGAAAGUGAGGGGCGGGGAGGUUAGCAGAGCUGGUGUGUGCCAAGAAAUGCUUGUGUGGCUCAAGAUAUGACACGGUCACACCUCGUAGCUGUUUUUGUUUUUGCCUUGAUAUUCAGACCCAGGAAACCAGGUGAAGUGAGAUAACUGUGUAAUUAACUGCUUUAAUUGAUCAAUUAAGUGUGAGUAACAAUGAAAGCCCUCCAGUGGCUUUCCAGGACCAGGAGUGAGGGCCACUGACACAUAGGUAAUGAUCCAUAUUGGCUUCCCUUUGAUUGAUCUACUACUGACCUAUUCUGCUUUGACAUAACAUAAGAAAUGAUCAUAUUUGGUGUAAGCAGGUUCGGGUAAGCUACUAGUACAAAGUUUGCAGCAUAGGUUUGUAAUAUUGUGGCAUUUUGCAAUAACUAGGGGUAGGUAGUUACACUGGUUUUCUUUUUUUUGUUUUGGGUUUUUGCACUACCAUACUGUGUAAUUGUGUGGUCAUCCAUUUAAUCUUUUCCAAAUUCUUUCCAUAUUUCUGGUGGUCCCUGAAAAGCAUGUAACCCAGGAGGAACCAUUGUGGACCUAAAAAGCACACUUUUCCCUUUAGCAUAAUUUCUUAUUUUUCUGAAAAGGGAGCACAGCUUAACUUUCCAUCCAACUGGCAUACUGUACAUUCAUGAAGAAGCGUAGCUGAAACAUUCGUUUUCAUUCCUAAGCAGAGAUGUUUAAAAUAACACCCUAUUUGAGCAGCACCACAUUUAUGUAAAUGGUAAAUGGUUGGAAUUUAUAUAGCGCCUUUAUCCAAAGCGCUGUACAAUUGGUGCUUCUCCAUUCACCCAUUCAUACACACACUUGCACACUGACGGCGAUUGGCUGCCAUGCAAGGCACCGACCAGCUCGUCAGGAGAAUUUAGGGGUUAGGUGUCUUGCUCAGGGGCACUUCGACACAGCCUGGGCGGGGGAUCGAACCGGCAACCCUCCGACUGCCAGACGACUGCUCUUACUGCCUGAGACAUGUCGCCAUUGUGCGUUUGCCAUAGUUUCCUUAGUCAUUGACUUUGGCUUUAACUGCAAUUAAUGCAUUAAUGAAGGUACUGUAUAUUGCAUCAUACAGUAUAAGGAAGUGCUGCCAGUUCUAUCUUUGUUAUUUAAAUGACAUUCCAUUUACGUAGGCAAAGCAUUGUACUCGGUAUUGAGGAAGUAAAGGACACAAAGUGGUCUGUUUUGGUUUGUUUGAAGACAUAGGUGCCUUCAGUAGCUUCUCUGCCAUGACUUUCUGCAAGAAUAGCUCCUCCAUUAUUGUGCAGUUUUACCUCAUGAGUAAACAACUGCAUUUUCUACUGAAACAAUAACUUAAUUCAUAGUCUGGCCCAUUUGAGCCAGCACCUGCUAUGUACUUGUUCUCUACAUGCAUUGUAUUGGUCUUUACAGAUUUAGACCUAUCACAGCACUUAAUCACUGAAGUUUACCUCACUUUGAAUUAACUGCUUCAGUGGUAUCAGCCCAAGACUAAGAAAUGGAUGGCGGCUGGUUUUAUUCAUAUGAGGAAACUUUGUGAACAAUAUUUAUGAAAAAUCUUUUUUAAGAAUGCACUUUGAAAAACAAGACAUUUAUUAUAAUUAAAUGAACUUGUGAAAUUGGACGAAUUUCGAAGGCUGCAAUCCCUUCUUCCCACUUGAAAUAUUUUUGGAUGAGUAACUAAAAGUGACAUUCAUUUAAAUAUUAAUGUGUGAUUAUGAGUUGUGUGAUUGCAAGAGGAGGUUAUUAAUCAAAGCGCACAGCUGCUUAAAUUGAAGCCAUCAUUAGAUGCCAUAAGCUGAUCCGUAUUCGUUCGUAUGUAUAAUUGUUACAAAAAUAUGGCAGUAGUUGUAAGAAGCCAACCACUUUAAGUGCUGAUAGAGCUGUCUUCUUUUGUUACUAAUAUAAAGUCAUCAAAUAGUUUGUGAUUAAAUCAUUAAUUGUCAAUGUAGUAUUUUGCCAAAAAACUCUUUUUUAAAUUAAUAUGGCCCCCACCCGAUGCACUGUUUAAUUUUUAUUUAUUUUGAAACCAGCAGAUGGGAUUCUAGUUUUUUUUAAAGAAGAUUCUGUUACAUUUACAAAAUAAAAUAUAGUAUUUUAGAUAUGGCCUAUAUUAUAAUAUUUGCAUUCUGUUACACAUGAAAUAUGCAGCAUUUAAUGUUGUUUGAUUUAAUGCAUUCAUUGUACUGUGAAAUUCAAUGUAUUUAUUUCCUAGCGUAUAAGCAUGUACAUUUGUAGCACUUUUUAUUAAGUGUGUUUUUAUCAGAUUAACUUGGAAUAGUGAUCAUACCCCAGUGUGCACUCUUAAGUAGUUGUCAUAUUCCAAAAGAAAAUGCACUGUAUAAUUCCAUUGUUAACAAAAGAGUACUGAUAACAUGUUAUUGCCGCAUGGAUGCCCAGUACAGGUUUUGUUUGAAUAUGUUCAAAAGGGCUGUCUCACCUCAUGGCUUGUCUGUAGUUUCGUUUUUUUUGUUUUGUGUCUUUUCAUGUUUUUAUUUCAGGGAACCACUGUGAAUGUUAACCUGUGUUAAAAGGUAGAAUUAAGUACCGUAGACACCUGUGUUCGUAUUGUGUAUUCCCCUUUGCAUUGAAACUCGGUUAACUUGUUUUUAAUUGAUUUGAAAUCUGUAUGUGCAGAAUUGGCUCACAUGGACUUGUUUCGAAGAUGUUCACAUAUUGUGAUAACAACCCUCUCCAAAACUAACCUGACCAAAUAAAAAACAAGUAUAUAAUUAA